GAUUCCAGCACGGGCAGCAUGGAUGAGAAGCGGCACACAACGGACGCCGAAGCCCGGAGGCUGCCCGAGUCCUUCAGAGAUAGUCCCGCUACGGACCUUGGACUUUGUGGAUGGAUUUUGGUGGCUGCCUCAUUCUUAUUCACAGUUAUAACUUUCCCAAUAUCAGUAUGGAUGUGCAUAAAGAUUAUAAAAGAGUAUGAAAGAGCCAUCAUCUUUAGAUUGGGUCGCAUUUUACAAGGAGGAGCCAAAGGACCUGGUUUGUUUUUUAUUCUGCCAUGCACUGAUAGCUUCAUCAAAGUGGACAUGAGAACUAUUUCAUUUGAUAUUCCUCCUCAGGAGAUCCUUACUAAGGAUUCAGUGACAGUUAGCGUGGAUGGUGUGGUCUAUUACCGUGUUCAAAAUGCAACCCUGGCUGUGGCAAAUAUCACUAAUGCUGACUCAGCAACUCGUCUUUUGGCACAAACUACUCUGAGAAAUGUUCUGGGGACCAAGAACCUUUCUCAGAUCCUCUCUGACAGAGAAGAAAUUGCACACAACAUGCAGUGUACUCUGGAUGAUGCCACUGAUGACUGGGGAAUAAAGGUGGAACGUGUGGAAAUCAAAGAUGUGAAACUACCUGUGCAGCUCCAGAGAGCUAUGGCUGCAGAAGCAGAAGCAUCCCGGGAGGCCCGAGCCAAGGUCAUUGCAGCUGAAGGAGAAAUGAAUGCAUCCAGGGCUCUGAAAGAAGCCUCCAUGGUGAUCACUGAAUCUCCUGCAGCCCUCCAGCUCCGUUACCUUCAGACACUGACCACCAUCGCUGCUGAGAAAAACUCAACGAUUGUCUUCCCUCUGCCCAUAGAUAUGUUGCAAGGCAUCAUGGCGGCGAAACACUGAGCUGUAUAGGUCAGCACAGAGAUAAGCUCUGCCCUUCCAAGGAUGAAGUAAGGGACCAAAUCAGCCUUUAACACAUAAGGAGAGAGUAGGGCAGGAGCCUCAGAUAUUUUCCCUCCCUUUCCUUUUUUAUAUAUUGAGUGUGGUGUUCUUAGAAUGUAUAGUAAUUAUAGAAAUAGAUGAAAGAAUUGUUAUCUUGUAAGGGAGAGAAAGAUUGGUGAUUUAUAUAAGAUAAAUUUCUUACUCUUUAAAAUAUUUAAACGUUUGUAUUUUUCAGUUAUUAUGUAGUAGGUUCAGUCUCGCCUCUUUGACUUCACUGAAUCAUUCUGAGCCCUCUAAGCAGCCAGACAAGAACAUAGACUAUAACUGCCACCUGGCUGGGUAAAUACGUUGCAGAAAGUAAUGACCUUAUGCUACAUAUGUGCCUUACCUCCACAAAAUCUUAAUUAGGGAAAUUUCCCUAAUAUCCAUUUACUUUCAAAAUCCAAACCAUAUUUCAGAAUAAUCCUCACUUGAGAGUAGCAUUUUCUUGCCUGUACCUGUCAGAUCUAGAACAAAUGGUCAAGAUUGUGAAAAAGAUUACUGUAAGCCCAUCAGAGACUUUAAAUUCACUAUUAUAGUGGUUCUUUUAAAAAUAAUAUGUGCAUUUAAAAUAAUUUCUUGAGCCUUCUUUAUAAGUAAAUGAUUCCUCUGUGGUCUAUCUUUCAAACCAGCUAAAUAUUUGUCACAGAAGUGCUUUUUUCUCACUUUUGCCUAUUUUCAUAUAUCAGGCUUUAAAUAGUUUUAGUUUUUUAAUACAAUUUUCUGUAAACCCUAUAAGAAAUUGCUUUAUGCCCAUUUGAAUAGCUUAAGGACUAAGAUACUUUUGUAAAAAAUACUUUCAGGAAACCAUUAUAUUUUACUACAUGUGAUUAACUGUUGUACAAUGUGAAAUAUGGUUACAAGCCCAUUCAUUAAGUAGUAUAAGGAAUUCCCAGUAUAUUGGGCACAUAAUGUCUAAUGAGCUUGGUCAGACACUGUCCAACUUAAGAUAUCUAUAUAGAUGUAAAUGUUUUUUAUUUGCUUAGUCAUUCUUCUGUCAUAUGUAUUGAUGCUGAGAGAGGAAGUGCUCAGCCUAUCUAGCCCACAGCCUCUUAGUCUGUAACAUUAGGAACAUCUUCCGUUUUGCAAAUGCCUGUGGAUCUGAGCAACUUGGCUUUCCACCUGCCGGCCUGGAAAGCUGGCUGGAGACAUUUGUGAUACUUCCUCUUUGAGUUCACCUAGAGAAGUCUCAGAAUAACUGCUUUCUUUCCCAGCACCACCCUCAUAUCUGAAUCAUUGUGCCCAUCCUAGCCUGUGGACGUCUCUUCCCUUGUGGCCCAUUUCUAAGCUUAUUUUAGAAAACCUUGAACCACUGUGCAUCCUGGUUCCUGGCAGAGUUUAUUAGAGGUAUAUGGAACAUUUCAACUUGGAACUCAAGUAGCAUUUGUAUUCUGCAUUUUUAAAUGAUGGUUUCAUCUGUUUUGUGAGGUGGCUUACCCUUGACUACUGAAGGCCAGGAAAUCCCGUAUGCUGGCUGAAAAUCUCUUCUCAGACUUAGAGUAACAAUGCUUUUUGUUCCUUGAGUUUUCCUAUUUCCAGAUAUCAAAUUACCUUCAUUUUUCUGCCUAUCCAAUAGGUUGAAAUUAAAUCACUUGGGAGGGAGGAAGCAUAGCAGGAGCUCUAGGAUGAGAAUGUUCAUGCAAGAGAUUUUCCAAAUGACCUCCCUUUCCAACAGUGUACAUAAUAAAGUGUAUGCAUUUUAACUCA